AUGUAUGCCAACAGAUGUACAGUGUCCGUGUGGCUUGAAACCAUGUAUGCCAACAGAUGUCCAGUGUCCGUGUGGCUUGAAACCCUGUAUGCCAACAGAUGUCCAGUGUCCGUGUGGCUUGAAACCAUGUAUGCCAACAGAUGUACAGUGUCCGUGUGGCUUGAAACCAUCUCACAACAAAAUCUAACGGCCAGUCACACAUUUGCUUCUAAAUCGACUCAAAGCUCACAACAAAACCUAACGGCCAGUCACAUAUUUGCUUCUAAAUUGACUCAAAGCUCACAACAAAACCUAACGGCCUGUCACACAUUUGCUUCUAAAUUGACUCAAAGCUCACAACAAAACCUAACGGCCAGUCACACAUUUGCUUCUAAAUUGACUCAAAGCUCACAACAAAAUCUAACGGCCAGUCACACAUUUGCUUCUAAAUCGACUCAAAGCUCACAAAAUCUAACGGCCAGUCACACAUUUGCUUCUAAAUCGACUCAAAGCUCACAACAAAACCUAACGGCCAGUCACACAUUUGCUUCUAAAUUGACUCAAAGCUCACAACAAAAUCUAACGGCCAGUCACACAUUUGCUUCUAAAUCGACUCAAAGCUCACAAAAUCUAACGGCCAGUCACACAUUUGCUUCUAAAUCGACUCAAAGCUCACAACAAAACCUAACGGCCAGUCACACAUUUGCUUCUAAAUUGACUCAAAGCUCACAUCAAAACCUAACGGCCAGUCACACAUUUGCUUCUAAAUCGACUCAAAGCUCACAUCAAAACCUAACGGCCAGUCACACAUUUGCUUCUAAAUCGACUCAAAGCUCACAACAAAACCUAACGGCCAGUCACACAUUUGCUUCUAAAUCGACUCAAAGCUCACAUCAAAACCUAACGGCCAGUCACACAUUUGCUUCUAAAUCGACUCAAAGCUCACAUCAAAACCUAACGGCCAGUCACACAUUUGCUUCUAAAUCGACUCAAAGCUCACAACAAAACCUAACGGCCAGUCACACAUUUGCUUCUAAAUCGACUCAAAGCUCACAACAAAACCUAACGGCCAGUCACACAUUUGCUUCUAAAUCGACUCAAAGCUCACAACAAAACCUAACGGCCAGUCACACAUUUGCUUCUAAAUUGACUCAAAGCUUACAUCAAAACCUAACGGCCAGUCACACAUUUGCUUCUAAAUUGACUCAAAGCUCACAACAAAACCUAACGGCCAGUCACACAUUUGCUUCUAAAUCGACUCAAAGCUCACAACAAAACCUAACGGCCUGUCACACAUUUGCUUCUAAAUUGACUCAAAGCUCACAACAAAACCUAACGGCCAGUCACACAUUUGCUUCUAAAUCGACUCAAAGCUCACAACAAAACCUAACGGCCUGUCACACAUUUGCUUCUAAAUUGACUCAAAGCUCACAACAAAACCUAACGGCCAGUCACACAAUUGCUUCUAAAUUGACUCAAAGCUCACAACAAAACCUAACGGCCAGUAACACGUGCUCAUCUCUUUCAAAGCUCACAAUCUAA